CGCCUUUGUUGCCGUUGGCGCCUUCCUCUAUAUAAGCGGCGGCCGUGCGCGGGCUCGGCUCGGCUCGGUUCGACGUGGGGGUUUUGCGGCUCGGCUCGGCUCGGCACGGCACGGCACGGCGGGAGGAUGGAGAUGAAGAAGCGGCUCACGCUGGAGCUGCGCAACAAGAAGCCGGGCGAGGUGAAGGAACUGGUUCUUGAUAACUGCCGUUCGGAUGAUGGGAAGAUCGUUGGUCUCUCUUCAGAUUUUGAGAACCUGGAGUUCCUCAGCAUGAUCAACAUCAACUUGCUGUCUGUCUCCAAUUUACCCAAGCUUAACAAACUCCGGAAGCUGGAGCUGAGUGAUAACCGGAUUUCUGGUGGCCUUGAAGUUCUAGCAGAGAGAACUCCUAACCUGACACACUUGAAUCUAAGCGGCAACAAGAUCAAAGACAUCAAUACUCUGGAGCCCUUGAAAAAGUUGCCAAACCUGCAUAGUCUGGACCUGUUCAACUGUGAGGUGACAAUGCUCAUCAACUACAGGGAGAGUGUGUUCACCCUUCUGCCCCAGCUCACCUACCUAGAUGGGUUUGAUGCUGAUGACCAGGAAGCCCCUGACUCAGACCCUGAAGCAGAUGGGGAUGGACUGGAAGAUGAGUACGAGAAUGGGGAAGAAGGUGAGGAAGAGGAGGAUGAUGAUGAGGAAGAUGAUUUGGAUGAAGAAGUCAUUGAUGAAGAAGAUGAUGAUGAUGAUGACCUGGAAGGUGAAGAGGAGGAGGAUGGCGUAGAUGAUGAGGUGAGACUUCUGUUGUCAGUGUACAUCUGCAGCAGUGUGUUGGAUGUUUGGUAGUGUGUUCGUCCCUUAAUCUUAUGACCCAUCUGACCAGGUGUCAGAUGCUUCUUCAUGGGCAGAUCCAAGGGGUCCUGCCUUGGACUCUGGCUUUUCCCAUCUGGCUACCUCUUGACUCCAUCCAACGAGUUUGCCUGUUCAGUAUUUGUUUACUGCUUGGAUUGAUACUUCUGUGACUUGAAGUGAUAAAACUGUACACCCCCUCACUUCUAAGGGAUGCAAGAGGCUACUGAGGAAGCAUGAGCUUCUCCAUGCUCAGCUUGUACCUCUCACCCUUAGGUUAGAGUAAGGCAGGAGAAGAGGUGAAGUAAAGUGUGGUUACAGAAUUACACCUUGCUCAUGGGAUUGUGGCUUGUGUAACAAGGUGUCUUGUUUUGGUUCCAGGAGGAGGAUGAGGAGGAAGAUGGUGAGGAUGAAGAAGAUGAUGAAGCUGAUGAUGACCUUCCACGAGGGGAAAAGAGAAAACGAAAUCUAGAGGAUGAAGGAGAGGAAGAUCCAGAAGAUGAAGAGGAUGAUGAGGAUGACUGAUCCUAGCAAGCCAAUCAGUUUUACAGACUAUGACUGUGCUUGUCUUAACUUCCCCGUUGUGUCUAUGUGAGACUGUAAAUCCCUGUCUCCCACUCCUCCCCCCUUUGUAUGGCUGCAGCGUCCACAAUAUAUUUUUUUAAGAUGUAGAAUACUGUAGGCAUUCAGGGGAAUCUUCCAUACAAGGCUCUCUUUCUCACAAGUAUCUCAUGACCAAAGGCUUUCUCCGUUCUGUGGUUUGUGCAGCAGUUUGCAAAAAAAAAAAAAAAAUCCUCCUAGGGUAUCUUUCAUGUCUGAUAUCAGCCUUGCCACACUGGACCCAGAGCUCCAGCUCACCACCCUGCCUGACAGCAAAGAAGGUGUUUGCUAUCUGCAUGCCCUCAGACCUGCUUUCUGAAGACGCUUGAGCAAUCUUGAGCAGUGGGUGCAAAUCUGGUUCAUCUGAAUGGACUCUAAGCAAAUGAUCACUGAGGUCUCUCUGAUCAGAAAAAAAAUGGUGAUGUGAUCUCUGGAGAUGCUUGAAGAUACUUUAGUGCUGGGGAUGUGGGGUGCCUGGGGUCUUGGGUGGGGGGGUUGACUGCUUACAAGACCCUGGUACCUCUGGUGAUGCACCUUGCAGUAGCCCUGUACUUGCUUUCCUGUUUUUUUUUUUUUUUUUAUAAACUGGAAUAUUUUUCCUGAUGACCAUGUAAUAAUUUCCACUUGCAUGCCCAAGUAGGGCUGAUUUGUGGCUGUGAGCCUCUGCCAUGAUGAGGUUUCUCAUCACCAUAGCAGUCUUUAGGAAGAGACAGGAAAUAGCAGGUUUAGGGAUACUGUACUUCUGUCAAACUCCAUUUCGCACUGUACAGAACAUGUUCAACCAGUAUCACUGUGAUGCACCUAACUCGGCAUUCCCCGGGAGACCGUGUUAGCCUAUAUAUUCUCAGGGUCCUUCUGCUAGCCAGUAACAGCUCUGGACAGUUGCCUCAGUGCUAGCCUGGUGUAUGCGUUGUCCUCCUUCCUUUUCAGCAUGAAGAGAAUUGCAUUGAUUAGAAGUCCAGCUCGUUCCCAUUCAGGCUAUUUGCGCAUUGCAGGAGCACAGACAGCACUGUGGACCGCAUCUCCCUCUGACCUGGGGUGUCUGGAGCAGGGAAGGGGGGGGGGAUUGGCCAGGGGUGGCUCUCCACUGCAGGGCCUUUGGCCCUUCCGUCCUCUGCCUCGAGGUGUUCAGACUGCACAGGCACAGCUGAUAGCUUCUAGAGAGACCUGGCCCCCGUGGCCUCCAGGGGUGGGAACUGUUGGGUGCUGGGACAGCGGUGCUCGGGCAGGGCAGCUGCUGCUCCUCUGGGAGGAGCACAGUACUGGGGCUCGGGGGCACUGGUGCUGCAUGGAGCUCCUGGUUGUUGCUUGGGGCAAUCUGUCAGCAGCCAGCACUUGGAGGUGAGGUUCACAGCAGUUCCUUCAGGAGCGGUGUGUGUUGCAGCACAUCUGAGUCUCUGUUGCUUUGUUCUGUUCUUGCUGUUGUCUUGCAUUGUACAGUAGCUGUAACCAUUCGGAGAAGAACUACUCCUGUAAAAUGCAAACUGAGUAACUUAUAAAUGUUAAAGGAAUUUAAGAAAAAAAAUCAGAGCAGCAGUUACUUCUAAUUUUUCCCUGCAUUUUUAGCAGAUUGUAUGGAUUUUAUAUUAGCCUAGUAACUGUCAGGUUUUGAUUGGUCAGACUAGUCCCAGAAAUAAAGAUCUCCGGCCCUUUUGUAUCUUUUGUUACAAAAUUUGGAUAAAUCUUUUAAUAAAGACUUCAGUUUUUAAAAAUC